AUGCCGCGGCCGCAAAUUAAUCAAGGCCGGCCGAAUGAAAAAGGGCAAGGUAAGUUCGAACCGUUAUUUUAUUACCCAUAUUUUAGUAUGUUGUUCAAAUAAUUCUGUGCCCUCUAACUACAAAAAUUUGCAUUGUCGAGAAGGAGGUACAGAAUUAUUUGAACAACCUAAUAGAUAAAAGCUGAACUUUGGUGUUUCUAUGGACUUUUUGACCGUACCAUUUGGUCUUUCUACGAACUUUUUGACCGUACCAAUUGGUUUUUCUAUGAACUUUUUGACCAUACCAUAAAACUUUACUAUACCAACCCAACCAGCUAAACCUAUAUUUUUCUCAUCCUCAAAAUCAUACCCUACUCUAGCUUCCUUAAAGCCUUCCAAUCCCAAUACAAACAAGCAAAGCCAAACAAAACUAGUACAAGAAAAGCCAGCCAAAAAUAGCCAAAACUAGUACCAAUACCUAUAUAAACCUUUAAUAAACCUAAAUGAAUACCAUUUCAGUACCGCUAAACUGCCAACUAUCAGAAGAUGCGUACCGACGAAUCAAACAAGUCGAUCAACAAAGCUCAACACUAACGAAUCAGGGAAUUCAGGGGUUUUCGGCGCGAAUCCUAGACCGUGCCGAGUACCCAACGCCGGACGGCAAGGAUCUGAGUGUGGUACAGUUGAUAGAAAUCAUCAAAAAACCCGGGCAAAGUCUGGGCCUGUACCUGAGGGAGGGCAAUGGUAAGUGUGGGGGUUGGGAGAACCUCCGUCUUCCCGCCUCGUUAAAACACGUUUUUUGUAAGGGCCGAGAACCCGACUCGACAGGAAAAAAGUCAAUGUCUCAGAAAUGCCUAAAAAUUGAAUAUAUGUUUUGUUAAAUAGCUAGAAAUUUAAAAAUACAAAAAAAAAUUUGACAACAACAAACAUUAUGGUGAAAACCGCAUGUCUGUAUGACGUUUCGUUCUUGAGUUAUAAAAAAUGAGGUCAAGCUACAGUACUCCAUGAUACUGUAACUUCGAAAAUUUUUUUUUGUAUUUUUGAAUUUCUAGCUAUUCAACAAAACAUAUAUUCAAUUUUUAGGCAUUUCUGAGACAUCGACUUUUUUUCCUGUCGAGUCAGGCAUUCAAUUUGCUCGAUUCUUAGAAAAAACGUGUUUUAAGAGGAGAGGAUAAGACGGAAAGGUAAGAACAACAACUUUAAGAAAAGAUGGGACACUAGGAUUAAUAAAGCUGUCAUCCGGCCCAAAAACGAUCAAAGCUUACACCUGAAGGGGUCAACUAGACCCGACUAGGACAAAGCCAGUCCAAAAAACUAGGCCCACCCCUCCUCCCAAAAAAACUUAAGCCUAACCUAACCCAACACCAAGUUCCAGGCUACGACUGCAGUUACGGUGUAUUUGCUUCGCGAUUCGGAGAAGGCUCAGAACUCGAAAAGAUGGGUAAUAUAAUCCGUCCUGGAGACGAAAUUCUCAAUGUGAAUAACGUCGAGGUGCGCGACAUGAGCAUCGACGAUGUAGUUUAUGCUUUAAGUAUACCAAGAAGACUGGUUUUGAGAACAAGGCAAGUUUUUUACUAUUUUUUUGGAUUUUAGGUAACAAAUUAGAAUUGAAUUGGCUGUAAAAGGCUGUGAAGUCAUCUUUAUCUCACUGAAAUGAGCUAGAGAUAGCGAUUUAGACUAGGCUAUGAUUAGAAUAUGAUGACUAAUCAAAAACCGCUUCAGAUUCCUAGAAAACCGCCGAGAUAUGGUGGAUCCUUCGAUGAAAAACGUCGAGAAACCAGUGAUAAUUCGAACUGCCGAAGAUCGAAACGAAAGCGAUCGACAGUCAAUGUUCAUGAACCCAAAACCCCAACCCAGCAUCUUAACGAAACCAGCACGAACGGCCAGUACGUGGCUUGGAAAACGCGCUAGACAACAACAGGAAAGCGAGGUAAGACUAAGUAGAAGUAGGACUAGAUUAAGACUAAAAUAGGCAUAAGAUAAGGUUUAAGUAGGGUAGACUAGAGCAAUAUUAAGGUAAGACUUUUGCAGACUAGGUAAAGACUAGGGCAGAAGCAACCCGUAUUUUACAAAAAAAAUACAACGUUCUAUUUCAGAAGCAAAACCACAUGCUACACCAGCAAUACAGCCAAGACCUAACCCCAAUGUCCUCACAAUCCACUCCCCCAUCUACAUCAACAUUGAAACGAGUUCCAGCUCAAUACAGUAACUACAGUCCACCUUCCGUCGCUCAAACCGCCUUUGUACCGCCGCCCAAGAUUUGGAACGAUCCGUACGGUGAGAACGGUCAACGAUUUGGCUCUCAAAACGCAUUAGGAAGUCAAGCUGAGAACCCUUAUCAGUAUGGAGAACGGUACUGUAGGUACGGUGGUAUGACAUCAAGUCAGCCGAAUCCGUACAGCUCGAACAAUGUUAUGAGCUCUUCGAUGGGUCAAGGUUUUGGGCAGGGUUUGGGACAAAAUAUUGGCCAAGGAUUAGGCCAGGGUAUGAACCAAGCUUUAGGGCAAGGCAUGGGCCAACCUUUGGGCCAAAAUAUCCAACCGCUAGGCCAAGGAAUGACCAAAAACCUGCCCUACAACACUCUCAACCCCCAAAACCAGCCUUUCAACCCCAGCCUCAACCCUCAACUCAAUCCCAUGUCAUCAACAAUGUCCUCAGCCAUCCCUCCAGGCCUUUCCCAACCCUACGGCAAUCUAAACUACAUUAAUCCAGCCCUAAAUCCAUCAGUGCCACCAUUAACACCAGGUUAUAACUACAAAAGCAACUCGUUGCCAAGAAGGAGGAUUCAGUCCGAAGUUGCUGGACCAGCAGGACCAUUAAGGUCAGUGAAGUGGAGAAACGACGUGAUCAGCCCAGGGGGCGCUAUCUAUGGCGGCCGAUCGGCUAUGAGUGAUAUUGCUUCGCCACUAACGCAAAGACGGAUGGACUAUGCGCAAGCUGGCCGUGCUCAUUCUACUAUCUCUUCGCCUGGGACUACUAGUACGUUUUAGGUUUUCUUUGCUUAAGUUUUCCUAGUUUAGGCUUAGGCGUGAGUAGAAAAAACGAUUUUUUAAAUUUUUUUUGGCAAAAGGAGCGCUGAUAUUCAUUUUUAAUUUCUGUGUCUCCUCUCUUUAUACAUCCUUUAAAAAUGGCAUAAAGGUCACGUAAAGAUACCUAAUUUCAGGAUCAGCCCCAGGACGAUCAGUUAUGGAUAUAUUCUCAGCUCAAGAAUAUCGAAAUUGGGCCGAUCCGUACGGUCAACCGCCCGACGGUCCCAUCUAUGGUAGAACACCAACAAGACUAGGCUAUGGAAUGAGAUCUACAUCGCUACCUUCAAGAACUAUUAUUGUAGGUUUAGAUGUCAAAUCUUUAACUAUCCCUUAGACUAGCCGGCCCUGCCCUAGCUUUGAUUUGUACCACCGGAUAAUUACCCUAACUUAUUUCUACCUCAACCCUGUGCUAACUUUCCACUAGUUUUACCUUACUCUUACCGUACCUUAUUAUAAUGCAAAAAAGUUGAUAAAGUAACCGUUCUGCCACUUUAGAACUCACUAACAAGCAACGACCUUGACUUACGUCGUCAACGGCCGAAUUACGCUCAACCCGAGCCAGCGGCCCAAUUCCCAACCCAAAACCCAAUGGAACGACAAUGCCAAAUCCUGGACCGGCUCCACCUCAGCCCUCUAGUCAAUCGACGCGUACCACUACGAGCUGCUGGACCCGGCUUUGACGUGGACCAAGUUUCACUCUCUUCCUUAACCGGCAUAAUCACCGUCUGGAUUCUGGAAGGCCGAAACUUGCGAAUUCCAGACAAAAACCAGUCAAAUCAACUGUACGUCGUGCUCGAAAUCGACGAAGUUCAUCGUGCACGGACCGGAAUCUCAACUCCCGAGCAGAAGUUCCGAUGGCGAGAAGGGUUUGAAAUCGACGUUCAAAAUGCCAUUAAUGCACAAUUCUUUGUCUACUCAUGGCAUCCUCAAUAUCGUCACAGGUUUUGUCAUAAAGCGUCGAUGAAGUUGGCCGAUGCCUUCUUCGUUGAUCAGCUGAAUGGAGUUCGGGUAUUUGCUUUGAAUUUGGAGCCAAAAGGCCAGCUGAUGGUACGGGUGGCGUUCAGUGACAUGGCACAUGCUUAUCGACGUGCUGUGAACGUUCGGUGAGUUGUGGAGGGUUCUGGGGUAAAAAGGUAGAAAAUAAAGAAAAAACUUACUUUUAACUUUGAAAAGUGAUGGUUUGAGGUACCUAAAACAUAGAUAACGCCUAAGAAAAAGUAUAUUUAACCCAGAGGUUUGACUAAAAAAAGAUUUAAAUCUAAAAAUUGAUAAAUCCAUCAAAAAACAAGCUAAAACAUUAUCAAAACACAAAAAAUACAUCCAAAAAUCCAAAAUUAUUUUUUUUAUAUCCCUAACACAACAUAAAUAAUUAAAUUACCUAUUAAAUAUCAAUCAAAACAGCCAAGGUAACUAAAAUAAUAUUUUCAACUAAUUUAUUUGCAUCGGAAUGCCACAAAAGAUAUUUUUCUGAUUUCGUUGCAGGACCUACUGAAAAAGGAGGUGUUAUAAGAUUUUACUGCCAAAUUAUUGUUAGGUUAACCAAAGUAUCUUUAAAAAGUAACCGUGGAGUAAUUUUACAGGUAUAAUGCGUCAUUUGGAGUCCCAUUAAAUCAGCUAUGUCAGCGAGAAGAAAAGGAAACAUCAACAGUGUUCUUGAGGUUGAUAACGGAGAUUGAGAAGCGUGGAGUUGAUGUUCCUGGGCUUUAUUAUUGUAAGUCGAUUUGAUUUUUGUUUGCUACUAGUCUACUUUAUGUUUUGGUUUACAAUUUAAAAUUUUGAGAUUGAUUUAGGGCUUUUAAUUCAUUGUGCAGUCUUCUGGGUAAAAUUAGACUUCAUGAUCAAUAUUUUUUUCGCUAUAACUUUUGGCUCAGUGGUCCAAUAGGUUUCAUUUUUCUUACAUAGGUAGAAAAUAGUAUAAUCUUUAAAAUCUUAUCAAAAAAUUACAAUAUAACUUUCAAAUUACAGUAUCCGGAGCGCUGGAACGCAAGAACUACAUCAAGGAACUGAUGAACCGUGACCCAAUUGGAACUGAUAUCAGUCAAGUACCCGUACCAGACAUCAAUCUAUUGACAUGUCUAGUUAAAGACUUUCUAAAGGAACUGCCAGAACCAUUAGUACUACCGAAUAUCUACGCAAUGUUGGUUGAUGCGAGCUCUGCGAUAUUACCAUCGGAUAAAGAGGGGAAUCAAGGAAUUAUGCUCAAGAUUGUUGAUUGUUUGAGCAAUUACAACAAGGUAAGGGAGUUGACAAGGGAGAAAAUUUAGUUUUCUAUGUUUUAUAUUGAUUUAGGUUGGUUUUUGGGGACUUGGGACGGUAUUAUGAAGAGAUUUAGCUGAAUAGGUCAUGGUUUAUAUGGAGUUUAAGGGUUUUAAAACUAUUUUUUGAUGUGAUUCUGGUUGAAUUUAAUGUAGUAGGCUUGCAGAAAGUAUUGCAAAAUAAAUUUCGUUUAAUAUUUUGAUAUUUUGAAAACCGCAAGUACUUUCUUUUCAGUUGAAAAGAAGGAAAAGCCGUACAAAUUGGGUUCAAACGUGUUUGAAGACCUUAUCAUUAGUUUUCACUGCUUUUUUAUAACUCUAAUGACUUUCUUUUUACUUUUAAUUAAAGUACAAAACUCCGAAUUCACGUAUUUUACCUUUUCAAACCCUAAAGAUGUUGUUUUAGACCACAUUGAUUCAACUAAUCGAUCACAUUCAAAAGCUGAUCGGCUCGGAACCUCAUAAUGGCUUAACAAUGAAUAGAAUUUGUGCAGUUUUUGGUCCACUGAUAUUCUGCACGAAUGAUGCUAACAACUUGGCGAGGAAAUCGGAUUCUGAAAUGAGGAAGGUCGAUCUACUCGAUGCUGCCCAAGCUACAACAUCAUUGAAGUUGGUGUUGGAGAACUGGCCUAGUCGGUUUAGUAAGUGUAAAUUUGGUCUAGGGGGGUUUUGAGGGCGGGUAUGGCGUUUGUAAGGGUUAAUAUGGCAUUUUAAGCAUGAUUUAGAUAUUUUGGGGGUGUGAAGUUGAAAAUUUUUCAAAAAAAUUUUUUUUUGAAAUUUUGAAUAUUUUUGAAAAGUUUUGUUUUGAAUCUAUUUUUUAGGUAUAAUAUAAAUUUUGAUGUCAAGACAGACUCUUUCUGAUUAUAAAAUCUUAAUUUUUUAAAAAAAAUUAAAUUUAAAAAAAAUUUAAAAUUUUUUUUUAAAAACCUCAUUUUAGGCAGUGAAAACAGUUCCUUGGACGAGAGUGCCAAUUCUCAGCUGCAAGAGCAACAAUCAGCCGCAACUUUGCCGCGACAAUCAUCAUUGGCAAACCAACGAAAUCGACCGGUCAGCGAUUUGAACCAAAGGCAACCAAAUGGCUGUGUUCGGUUUCAAGUCGAUUGA